CAAACAGGGACACAAAGGACGAAAGGGCUUUUCUUUGCGUAUACAGGAUGAUGCGGCGGCGGAAUCGAUCGCAAGUGGCCAAGAUCCCCUGGCUGCCAGAUCCGACCCUCUUCGACGAUGAUGGAUCCGGGUUGAUUUGACCGUUCGCCUUCCUUCCCCCGCGCUGUCAAAGAUUGACGCUUCUUGGGGAUCGUCUCGUCUCCUCUCGUUUGUUGGCGAUGGCGAAGCUGACGCCAGGGAUUGUUGCGGUGAUUAUGGUGUCUGGGAGCGUGAUCUACAUCGCGGCCAACAGGUUCCACCGGCUCAAGCAGCAGAAUUUCGAGGAUCGGGCGCCCGCCGCAAAGCCCAAGAAGAAGGUCCGCUUCUCCGACUCGGUCGUGGAGCCCAAGGGCGACAAUCGCGAGUUUCGGAGGUCUCGCAAGGGUCGGGGGAGCGUCAAUCAGGAGAUUUCGGAUCAGGGAGGCGAGCCGGCGCCGGCAACGAGCGCAGCUCCAGAGAUUUCGGUGGAUCGAGCGCCGCCGCCCGGCGAUCACCGGCCAAUCUCCAAGAAAGUGGAGGCGCUGCUGGGAUCCAAUCUGCCCGCUAACAGGAUCGCGCUCUACUCGGACAGGUAUCACGAUCGCCUCCUCAAGGUCUGACGCGAGCGAUUGAUUGAUUGCCUGGCUCCUCCUCUCCCAUUCUUUUUUUCGGUUCGAUCGAUUGUCAAUUUUCUCUCUAACUCCCAUCCACCGAUCGCCACAUUCGUUGCGUGA